AUGAAGGGAAUUCGUGAACUAUACGGCCUUUCAAUCAGAGGUGAAAGCUGGCCUGGAGAGUUAUUGAACAACACGGACAAAGAACAGAAAACACAAGAAAGUCCAACGGAGCAAGAACCGACCAAUACCCAAUCCUCAAACGAAUGGUUCUGGAAAGGCACAGCAAACGACUCUAAUGACUGCAAUGCCGCUCCCGGAACAGCGGACAUAACAUGUGGAGAUUAUAGCGUCUUUACAUCUUUGACUGCUACGCCAGAUCAGCCCUCAUUAUUCAACAACUACCCUGGAAGCCACACCUCAUUUCAUGCAACCAGUCCUAUAAGUCCUUCAUUACAAGAAGUAGUUGACUCGGCUACCUUUGCAGAAGGCUCGACAUUAUGCACCAACAAUGACGCUGUAGUCUACAGCCACGAUAGCAACAACUUUUACCAAUAUAAUUCUGGGACGAACUUAUUCCCGUAUGAUGAAUGGACAGCCGAAUCCACGUUUGGGCUAGAUGAUUAUACGCUCACAAUCCCUAGAUUUGGUGAAGUCUCACACACUUCUGAGGCGAAACAAGUUUACAUCCAUGCCUAUUUCUUGUACUACCACAAAACAAAUCCUUUCAUCCACGAAGAGACGUUCAAACUGCAUCUGUCCACGCAAUUUCUACCCGAAACGGAAGAAGAAUCGUGGCAUGUCCUUCAAAAUUCGGUUCUUGCUAUGGGAGCGUGGUGUAUACAUGAUGGCUGUUCGAACACGGACAUAUUAUACUAUGAGAGAGCCAAGCGGUUGUUCCUGGAUAUAUCCUCGCUUGGAAGCGACAACAUCAUGGUUGUGCAAGCACUCCUCCUCCUUAGUGACUACGCCCAGAAACGAGGCAAGAUUGACACUGCAUAUCACUACCUUAAGGAGACUGUCAGGGUUGCUCUUUAUAUAGGCCUUCAUAAGGAGAAGGAUGAUGAACUUUCCGUCGUUGAAACAGCCUCAAUAGACCAGGAAAUACGCAGAAGACUCUGGUGGAGUAUAUAUAACCAUGACAGCUACAUAGCCAUGAGAAAUGGUCGGCAACCUUGUCUUCGUCAUUACAGCGAGACUGAUGUUAAGCUUCCACUGAAUGUUGAUAACCAGAUCCUUACUCCCGGCACCAGAUUCCUUGUAUCAGAAACCGACUGGCCAACGCUAUAUUCCGGUCUAAUUGCCUAUGCUAGGUUCAAUCUUUUGGCAAAUUCCGUAUAUCAACGCAUUGCAUCACAGCCGGCCUUAUCAGCAAUGGAGACCAUCAACCUACAGACUGAAAUUGAUGAUCAUUACGCGAACAUCCCACUAUAUCUCAAAACAGACGAUACGGUUUCUCAACAAGAAUGGCUUUUGCAAGCUCGCAGUAGACUUCUGUGGGGUUACAAAUAUCUCCAAGUUCUUACAUGUCGACCAUUCUUAGUCAGAAAGGCAGGACACAAAGAACAGAAGGAAAAGCUACAAUCAGAGUCGGAAUCUCGGUUGCUUGCCGCAUGUCGAGCUCGGUGUAUCCUUAAUUCGGCGGAAAUCAUCGACUCAAUGAACGACUACAUGAGUACGAGUAUGGCCAGCAGACUGGAUGCUUGGUAUAUGGUGUAUGAUAUACUUCUUUCGAUCUUACGCGACAUUAGGUAUCUUCUUUUUCAAGCGUCCAUCACACCAAUCACAUUGAUCCGAACGCAGCCUCAAAGCGCCGACGCAGUAUUCUGGUGGCAGGAUCUCGAAAAUGCGAAGCGUGUC